AUGCUGACUCCUGCGUUCGACCUCAGUCAGGACCCAUGCUUUCUGACCGUCGCCAUUCGUGUGCCUUAUGCCCGAGUCUCCGAGUUUGAUGUCUACUUCGAGGGGGUAGACUUCAGGUUCUACGCCAAACCGUACUUUCUCAGAUUGACCCUUCCUGGAAGGAUUGUAGAAAAUGGAAGUGAGCAAGGAUCCUAUGAUGCUGAUAAAGGAAUUUUUACCAUACGAUUGCCCAAAGAAACUCCUGGUCAGCAUUUUGAGGGACUGAACAUGCUAACUGCUCUCUUAGCACCAAGAAAAUCCAGGACUGCAAAACCCCUUGUGGAGGAAAUAGGUUCUUCUGAGGCUUCUGAGGAAGGAAUAUUAGAAGAGGAUGAUGAUGAAUUUGAUUGGGAAAUUGAACAGUCCCCCUAUGAGGAAGUAACAGAGAGUGAGUGGAAUCCACAGUACCACUAUGGAUUUGGCAACUUACGAUCUGGAGUAUUUCAGCGGUUACAGGAUGAAUUGAGUGAUGUUAUUGAUAUUAAGGAUCCAGAUUCUACUCCUGCAUUUGAACGAAGACAGAAACGCCUGGCUGCUGAGCUGGCCAAAUUUGAUCCUGAUCAUUACCUAGCUGACUUUUUUGAAGAUGAAGCAAUUGAACAAGCUUUGAAGUAUAAACCUUGGUGGACUGAUACAUAUUCAAAAAUGAUGACUUCUUUGGGACCAACGCAGGAGCAAGAAAAUCAUGCUACAUAUGUGUCUUUUUCUGAAGAUGAGAAAUAUCAACUACGAAAAUUUGUUAAUAAAUCUUACCUGCUGGAUAAGAAAACACACCAUCAAGUGUAUUGCAGUCUGAUUGAUAUCCUCCUCGCCUAUUGCUAUGAAAUUCGUGUCACUAAAGGAGAGAAAAAUGUAAAGUCACUGUGGAAUAUUUAUUUUCUGGAACUGACUACUUGUAUUUCACAGACUUGCACAAACACUCAUGAGAUCCUGGUAUCCUUUGGAAGAAGAGUUUUGUGCUAUCCACUUUAUCGCCAUUUCAAGCUGGUAUUGAAAGCCUGCGGAGAUACUAUAAAGAUACUACAACUAGGUAAAAGUGCAGUUUUGAAGUGUCUCCUGGAUAUUCACAAAAUUUUUCAGGAAAAUGACCCAGCUUAUAUUCUAAAUGAUCUCUAUAUCUCGGACUACUGUAUAUGGAUUCAGAAAGCCAAGUCCAAAAAACUGGCAGCUCUUGCAGAAGUCUUAAAGAAGGACUCCCUUACAAAGGCUCAGCUGGGAUUAGAACUAGAAGAGUUAGAAAUGGCAGCUGUUCUUGUACAAGAGGAAGAAUCUACAUUAAAAGCAGCCUGCUCUGUUUCCAGGCCACAGGUCUCUUGCUCUAGUCCUGAAGCAAGUGAGUCAGAGGAAUCCGCCAGUACUUCAUCCUUAGUAACUCAAGACUCGGAUUCAGAGCAAGAGCUCCAGGAAAAUGAAUCCAAGUCAAUAGUUGCUUUGAAGGAUCCUCAUCAAGAAGAAAGCAUUGCCUUGCUGAGUGGUGGUGGUGGUGGGGUAUGCAGAAGUGUGGCCCUCCCAGGGUCUGAGGGUAGUCAGGGGAAACCUCUUGGCCCUUCUCAAGUUUCAUUAUUAUCUGGCCCUCUGAUAGAGGAGCUUGGAGAACAACUGAAAAUGACAGUACAGAUUUCCAAACCUGAGGGCUCAGUCAGUGAAAACCACAGCAUUGUGCAGGACCAGGACAGCAAUUAG